UCUCUGUGUUGUGAAAUUGUGAACAGCAUAGCGCAAGCUACUCUCCCUACGGAAUUUCUCAGUCACUCCCAAUCUUUGUGGACCAACUAUAUUGUCGGAUACUUUACUGGUAAUCCUCCACAUAUAUAAAAAGUCCACGCAACUGCCAUUAAUAGACUGUGGUCUGCUCUUGACAAACCAUCAAAAAUAUAUAGACGCUCAGAACAAACAAAAUACAUUUUCUCGAGAAAAGUCCAAUCUCCGGCCACGACGAUGGUUCCGACGGAGAUCAAAAACCUCCUAGCCCGUUCCUUUGAACAAAUGCGCAUCACGCCCAUCUUGGAUGACACAACGCUAAAGAACUGCUCGAACGAGAUCGCACGUGCUCUUCUUGACGCCGAUUUUCCUGAAUCGCUUGUGGCUGAGUUUGAGGGGAAAAUACAGACGGUCAUCGAUACCAAUGAGGCGUCGGAGGGGAAGUGCAACCUAAUAUACAAGGUGAGUGAGAUUAGAUUUGAUUGUAUAUCGGUUUUGAUAUUUUUUUCAUUUGAACCGUUUCAGACAAUCUUGGAAGAACUUUCUACGAUUCUAGACCCCCGAAAAUCUGCAUCCAUUCAGGGAAAGAAUGAAAGCAUUGUAAUGUUUAUCGGCCUACAAGGUUCUGAAAAGAGCUACACAUGCGCCAGAUAUGCUCGUUACCACAUGACAAUGGGAUUCAAGCCUGCUUUAGUGUGCGCUGAUACUUUUGCGAUCGAUGCUUUUGAUUUGCUAAAGAAAGCUUCCAAAGACAAGGUCCCUGUGUACAGAAGCCGCAAGAGAGAUCCUGCCAAAAUCGCCAGCGGUGGAAUUGCAAAGCUCAGGAAACAUAACCGUGAUUUCAUAGUUGUAGACACCACUAGCCGGCACACAGAGUGUUUUGCGUUGCUUGUAGAGAUGCGCCGAUUAGCCAAUGCAGUGAAACCAGAUCUUGUAAUAUUUGUCAUCGACGGGAGUGUCGGUAAGGAUGCAUUUGAACAAGCUCGUGCAUUCAGGGAGGGCUUCCCUGCUGGGGUUGCUAUUGUUACCAAGAUAAAGACCUACCCAAAGUCUCUUGGUGCUCUCGCCGCUGUUGCCGCAGCAGAGUGUCCGAUGAUAUAUUCCACAAAAGGAGAGAAGGGUGAGGAGUUCAAAGUAUUUGAAGCAGAGUCGUUUGUCAGGCAGCUCAUGCCAGCAAAUCAAGAUCAUGAACGUGAGGAUAAGACUCCUGAAUUAGCAUAUACAUUGAGGAAAAUGCAUGCUUAUUUCAGUAAAGCAUGCCAGGGAAAGGUUUUGCGCGGUCCUAGGCCACUGGUAGACAUUCCUACGAUGAAGCUGUACAUCCAAAUAAUGGACAACAUGACAAGUGAAGAGCUCGAAAAAUCAGAAAUAAGCAAGGAACGUAUGGUGCAUUUAGCUGAACAAUCUAAUGUAGAUGUGAUUCAAGUCGUGGGCAUGAUGACAGUGUACAAGAGGAAGGCCAAGGCGUGGCUUGAGAUUGAGGAGAGAAUGGGUAAAUUGAAUAGUAUAUAUAACAAAUGGUACUUACAAAAAUGAAGUUGUAUGUAAUGGGAUGAGGUACCUAACCCGUCUGUGUUAAUGGUACCCGAGUUUUCAUUUGGGUAUGUUAACGAUAAGGAUGAGUCUUCAAUUUUAUGAGAAACUCAACCAAAAUUUCUUAAAA